UUUGGGAUUUCUUUCCCGUUUUUUUGGGAUUCCCCCCCUCUCUUUCCUCUCCGGCUCCCGGGAAUUCCCGCUCGCACUCCCGGAAGGGAUUUUUGGGAUUAGAGAGGCGCUUCCUCCUCCUCCUCCUCCUCCUCCUCCUCCUCCUCCUCCUCCCGAGGAUUCCCGGGAUCGGGAUCGGGAUCGCGACAGGAUGAGGCUCCUGCUGCUGCUGCUGCUGCUGCUGCCCCCGGCCUCAGGUGCCCGGGUGCCCAGGUGGGUGCUGGAGGGACACACCUGUGCCCCGCCCUGGCAGGCCGCGCUGUUCCGGGGGCGCCGCUUCGUCUGCGGGGGGACGCUGGUGGCGCCCAGGUGGGUCCUGACGGCGGCGCACUGCCACGCCCCCGGCCCCAUCACCGUCCGCCUGGGCGGCCGCGGCCGCCACCAGGUGCGCCCAGGUGAGGCCCCCCUGGACGAGGCCCCGCCAGGUGAGGCGGGGCCAGGUGAGCCGCCGGGGCCGGGCGAGGCCUCACCUGCGCCAGGUGAGCAGCGGCGGCGCUCGGCGCGCACCUUCCGCUUCCCCGGCUACAACGAGAGCUCCAAGGACGGCGACCUGAUGCUGCUGCGGCUGCAGGUGCCGGCGCACCUGAGCCGCCAGGUGAGCCCGCUGCCGCUGGCGCGCACCUGCGCCGCGCCCGGCACCGCCUGCCAGAUCUCCGGCUGGGGCUCCACCACCAGCCCCGAAGUGACCUUCCCCAAGGACCUGCACUGCAGCCAGGUGAGGAUCAUACCUGAGCACACCUGUCGCCAGAUCUACCCCGACUCCAUCACCCCCAACAUGGUGUGCGCCGGAGAGCCCCGGAGCCGCGCCGACACCUGCCAGGGCGACUCCGGGGGGCCCCUGAUGUGCAACGGGCGCCUGCAGGGCGUCACCUCGUGGGGGCCGGGGGUGUGCGGGGACCCCCGGAAACCCGGAGUCUACGUCAACCUGUGCCGCUACAGCCGCUGGCUGCAGGACACCAUGGCCCGGAACUGACCCAAAAACGGGAAAUUCCGCCCCAAAAAUGGGAAAUUCCACCCCAAAAAUGGGAAAUUCCAGCCCAAAAAUGGAA